GUCGAAUUUCUACUCCUUCUUGGACUGAAAUUGGUUUUUAAGUGGAUAUACAUACACAUAAACAUAUACGGAUUAACAUUUAUCGAUAUAUUGAACUAGAGACUUUCGGAAUAUCGUGCUGUCCGCGACGGAAAAAAUUAUUGGACCCUCCUAUAAUUAGAUCUAGCCAAGAUGGCGACCUUCGAUGGGUCAACCCCCCAAACCAUGGUAUGUGACCUUGAUAUAUGUGUUCAUAGAAUUCUAACGUCUAUUGACUGUAUGCCGCGUCAUGAGAUUACAGAACAACUUAUUAUUGAUAUCGAUGAAUCUCUUCUCAGUGAAUCUCGACAAACUAUUUUUGACUUAGCAAAGUCAAAGCUUGGAAAUCAGUGUUCCCGGGAAUAUGGUCCCGUCUCAGCUCGUGGGUGUGAACAAAUAGAAGACAUUAAGUUGAAAAAACGUACGGGUGAUAAGAAGGGCAAGAGCCUAGCAAAUGAUAUUUAUGAACUGUACACGUAUCAGAUGGACCUUAUUAAAACAUUCCCCAGAAGUGUUUUGACAUCUGUCAGCCAUAUACCCGAACUAAGGGGAAAGGGGGCCCAGCCACCCUCCGCGCCACAAAUGGACACUGAACUUAAAGUGAUGGGUCUCACUGAAGAAGUUAAUGCCUUAAAGAGGGAGGUCUCACAAUUAAAGAAGGAUCACAUACGCGAAAUUGAUCGACUUGAGAAAAUUGUAAGCAGGCUUAAAAUGGAUCUGGGUGAUCAUACUUGUAACUCUAUUGCACCGUCUAUUGGCCAAAUAGGGCCAAUUGCGUCGCCGAAGAAAUCAAUAUCUAGCCAGGUGAAGUCAACCGUCGAACCUCA